UGUUGCUCUGGACGACGGAAGUGCGGCUGCGUUAAGUUGAGCGGGCUUUUUGGACGGAGGUGGCGACUGCGAGGCUGAGUUCCCUGAUAUGAACAAUGGACCAGAAAAUUUUAUCUCUAGCAACAGAUAAAUUGCAGGAAUUUCUUCAAACCCUGAAGGAUGAUGAUUUGACCAGUCUCCUUCAGAAUCAGGCAGUGAAAGGAAGAGCUGUUGGAGCACUCCUGAGAGCCAUCUUCAAAGGUUCUCCCUGCUCUGAGGAAGAUGCAGCCCUUAGGAGAUACAAGAUAUAUUCUUGCUGUAUCCAGUUGGUUGAAUCAGGAGAUCUGCAGCAAGAAGUAGCAUCGGAGAUCAUAGGUUUACUAAUGCUGGAGGCUCACCAUUUUCCAGGACCAUUACUUGUUGAAUUAGCCAAUGAGUUUAUUGGUGCUAUUGGAGAGGGUACCCUAGUGAAUGGAAAGUCCUUGGAGUUAUUUCCUAUCAUUCUCACUGCCUUGGCUACCAAAAAGGAAAAUCUAGCUUAUGGGAAAGGUGAUUUGAAUGGGGAAGAGUAUAAGAAGCAGUUGGUAAAUACCCUCUGUUCUGGCAGAUGGGAUCAACGAUAUGUGAUCCAGCUCACAUCUAUGUUCAAGGAUGUCCCUCUGGCUGCAGAAGAAGUGGAAUUUGUGGUGACAAAAGUGUUGAAGAUGUUUUCAAAGUUGAAUCUUCAAGAAAUACCACCUUUGGUGUAUCAGCUUCUGAUUCUCUCUUCAAAGGGAAGCAGAAAGAGUGUUCUGGAUGGAAUAAUAGCCUUCUUCAGUGAGCUAGAGAAGCAGCACAGAGAGGAGCAGAGUGGUGAUGAGUUGUUAGAUCUUGUUACUGUGCCAACAGAUGAACUGUAUCACGUGGAAGGAACCAUUAUUCUACACAUUGUGUUUGCCAUCAAAUUGGACUGUGAACUAGGCAGAGAACUUCUGAAACACUUAAAGGCCAGACAGCAAGGAGACUGCAAUAAAUACUUUUGUCCUUUCAGUAUUGCUCUUCUUCUCUCUGUAACAAGAAUACAAAGAUUUGAGGAACAGGUGUUUGAUCUUUUAAAGACUUCGGUCAUUAAAAGCUUUAAAGAUCUUCAGCUCCUCCAAGGCUCAAAAUUUUUGCAGAAUCUAGUCCCUCAGAGAGCUUGUAUUUCAACCAUGAUCUUGGAUGUGGUAAAGAAUAGUGUUCAUAGUUGGGACCAUGUAACUCAAGGCCUGGUAGAACUUGGUUUCAUUUUAAUGGAUUCAUAUGGGCCAAAGAAGAUUCUUGAUGGAAAAGCUGUUGAAAUUGGUUUUAGUCUUUCUAAAAUGACAAACCAGCAUGCAUGUAAGCUGGGAGCUAACAUUCUAUUGGAAACUUUUAAGAUCCAUGAGAUGAUCAGACAAGAAAUUCUGGAGCAAGUCCUCAAUAGAGUUGUUACCCGAGCAUCUUCUCCCAUCAGUCACUUCUUAGACUUGCUUUCAAGUAUCAUCAUGUAUGCACCCUUAAUUCUUCAGAGUUGUUCUUCUAAAGUCACAGAAAUUUUUGACUAUUUGUCCUUUCUGCCCCUUCAGACUGUACAAGGGCUGCUUAAGGCAGUGCAGCCACUUCUCAAAGUCAGCAUGUCAAUGAGAGACUCAUUGAUACUUGUCCUUCGGAAAGCUAUGUUUGCCAGGCAACUUGAUGCCCGAAAAUCUGCAGUUGCUGGGUUUUUGCUGCUCUUGAAGAAUUUUAAGGUUUUAGGCAGCCUGUCAUCCUCUCAGUGUAGUCAGUCUAUUGGUGUCACUCAGGUUCACGUAGAUGUUCACAGCCGCUAUAAUUCUGUUGCCAAUGAAACUUUUUGCCUUGAGAUCCUAGAUAGUUUGAAAAGAUGCUUGGGACAGCAGGUUGAUGUUCGACUCAUGCUUUAUGAGGGGUUCUAUGAUGUUCUUCGAAGGAACUCUCAGCUGGCUAAUUCAAUCAUGCAGACUCUUCUCUCACAGUUAAAACAGUUCUAUGAACCAAAACAUGAUCUGCUACCUCCUCUGAAACUAGGAGCUUGUGUUCUGACCCAAGGAAAUCAGGUCUUUCUGCAAGAACCUCUGGAUCAUUUGCUGUCUUGUAUUCAGCAUUGUUUGGCCUGGUAUAAGAGUAGAGUGAUUCCCCUACAACAGGGAGAUGAAGAGGAAGAAGAAGAGGGAUUCUAUCACGAGCUAGAUGAUAUGUUGGAGUCUAUUACUAAUAGAAUGAUUAAGAGCGAGCUAGAAGACUUUGAACUGGAUAAAUCAGCAGAUUUUUCUCAGAGCACUAGUGUCGGUAUAAAAAAUAGUAUCUGUGCAUGUCUCAUGAUGGGAGUUUGUGAAGUUCUAAUAGAAUAUAAUUUCUCCAUAAGUAACUUCAGCAAGAGUAAGUUUGAGGAGAUUCUGAGUUUAUUUAUGUGUUACAAGAAGUUUUCUGACAUCCUUAAUGAAAAAGCUGGUAAAGGCAAAACUAAAAUGACCAGUAAGACAAAUGAUAGUCUUUUGUCCAUGAAAUUUGUGUCUGAUCUUCUCACUGCUCUUUUCAGAGAUAGUAUCCAAAGUCAUGAAGAAAGCCUGUCUGUCCUGAGGUCCAGCAAUGAAUUUAUGUACUAUGUAGUGACUGUAGCUCUGCAGAAGGUACAACAGCUAAUACAAAGAGGGCACAUAUGUGGUCCUGAUGGCCAAAACCCAGAAAAGAUCUUUCACAACCUCUGUGACAUAACUCGGGUCUUGCUAUGGAGAUACACUUCAAUUCCCACUCCUGUGGAAGAGUCAGGAAAGAAAGAGAAAGGAAAGAGCAUCUCACUGCUGUGCUUGGAGGGUUUGCAGAAGAUACUCAGCGCCGUGCAGCAGUUCUAUCAGCCUAAGAUUCAGCAGUUUCUCAGGGCUCUGGAUGUCACAGAUACAGAAGAGGGAGAAGAUGCAGGUGUCAGUGUCACUCAAAGAGCUGCAUUCCAGAUCCGACAAUUUCAGAGGUCCUUGUUGAAUUUGCUUAGCAGUGAAGAGGAUGAUUUUAACAGUAAAGAAGCCCUCCUGCUUGUCACUGUUCUCACCAACUUGUCCAAGCUGCUGGAGCCCACUUCUCCUCAGUUUGUGCAGAUGUUAUCCUGGACAUCUAAGAUUUGCAAAGAAAACAGCCUAGAGGAUGCCCCAUUUUGCAAGAGCUUGAUGAACCUGUUCUUCAGCCUGCAUGUUUUAUAUAAGAGUCCUGUCACCUUGCUUCGUGACUUGUCCCAGGAUAUACAUGGGCAGCUGGGAGACAUAGACCAGGAUGUAGAGAUAGAGAAAACAAACCACUUUGCAAUGGUGAAUUUGAGAAUGGCUGCCCCCACUGUCUGUUUACUUGUUCUGAGUCAGGCUGAGAAGGUCUUGGAAGAAGUGGACUGGUUAAUCACCAAGCUCAGGAGUCAAACAAACCUAGAAACCCUGUCAGUUUGUUUUUGUUCUUUUUUUCUACUAGAAAACAAGUCUGAAAUGCACCAAUUUCAUUUCUCUUCAGAAGAUGAUGCUUCUCAAGAAGUUCCACCAAAUCUUCUCAUUGAGAAAGCCAUUAUCAUGCAACUGGGAACUUUGGUUACAUUCUUCCAUGAACUGGUGCAGACAGCCCUGCCAUCGGGCAGCUGUGUGGAUACUUUAUUAAAGGGCCUGUGCAAAAUAUAUACCAUCCUUACAGCCUUUGUCAGAUAUUGUCUCCAGGUGUGUCAGAGCUCCAGAGGCAUUCCAAAAACUGUGGAAAAGCUGGUAAAGCUGUCUGGUUCUCAUCUGACGCCCAUGUGUUAUUCUUUCAUUUCCUAUAUACAGAAUAAGAGGAGUAACAACCCAAAGUCCACAGAGAAGGAAAAGGAGAAAGCUACUGUUGGCCCAACCAUGGCCAAAGUUCUUCGAGAAACCAAGCCAAUCCCCAAUCUCAUUUUUGCCAUUGAACAGUAUGAAAAAUUUCUUAUCCAGCUAUCUAAAAAGUCCAAGGUGAACUUGAUGCAGUACAUGAAGCUCAGUACCUCACGAGACUUCAAGAUCAAAGGCAACAUCCUGGACAUGGUUCUUCAAGAGGAUAGGGAGGAUGAAACCGAAGAGGACACUGCACCAGCACACACAGGACAGGACAGAGAACCAGCCAAGAAGAAAAGAAAAAAAUGAAAUGCCUGAGUUAAAGUGACCUUUGGGGCAUCUGCUUCCUUUGUGCCCAACAGUGCCCCUUCCCCUACAGCCUGCACCAAUGUUGGCAUCCUGGUUCUGAACCCACUGAACUGUGCCUUCACUGAGAAGGAAUCUUCUUGGCAGGUCCUGCCACUGAAAAGGGUCUACCUUAGGCAU